UAAUCCGUGCGAUUGCACAUACAUCAAUAAAUUAAGCAUACAAUGCUGUUAAACAAAAUGUUGUGUUCUGUAACCAAUUUAUAAAUUGACUUGAUUUGCCAAAAACAAAUGUCUUCAAAUGAAAACUUUUUCGGAUGAAAGUUGCCUAUAUUAAAGGAAAAUAAAACGCUAAAUUGUCAUCGUCGCGACAAUCCAAAUGUAUCCCAACAAAUAUUUUGUACGUAUAUCGGCAUGAAAAUAAUUUCAAAACAAAUAUUUGUACAUACAUGUUUUUACAUACCGACGAGAAAGCAAAUCAAAUAAGAAAAGCGAAUGCAAUAUGCAUAUUUUGUGUUCAAUGUAUGUGUGUGUGAAGUGAAAACUACAGAAACAGCAUACAAUGUAUGUACAUACGUGAAUAACGGCAACUGCUCAGAUGAAAAUGUACAAAAUUGGAUUAUAAAAAGAACUGGUAAAUAAUUUUAGUCUACUUUGUGUAAGCGGCUUCCAUUGACAUUGCGCUUCCUGUGCAGGAAUUUUGCCCUUCCAAAACAUGCAACAAACCGUGCCAACAACAUACAUAUUAUUAACUAAAUGAAUAAAAAGCGGAGUUUUUUGUCAGCUUCAGAUGUAACAAAAAAUUCCUGGAAACAUAUUGAAUAUAUGUAUAUACCUAUUACAUGCAUAUGUUGAGAGAUUUUGGGUGUCUAAUAUUUUGUUGGUUUCAAAAUUAUUCAAGUUGUCAAAUUUUCAUUUGCACUCCAUUCGUCUGUUGAUGUCUCGUGCAACGUGCGCUGUGUAUUUAAACACAAAAUAAGAAUCACAAAAAUAGACUGCUGAACUGUAAACGUGCUGGUGUUUUGCUGUUGUCCUUGUGUUCUGUGUGUGCCAAUGUGGUGGUCCUCCAUAAGUCGAACAGGUACAGCAGGGCUUCAACGGUGCUAAACAACGAGCUGGAGCUACCACGGAAGUAUACCACAACACCUCUUACACUACACAGGAAAUAUAUUCGGUGUAGUUGAUAACGAUGAGCUUGAAUCAACAUAGUGGACCUGGGCCACCAGAGAAGGAUCAACGCAAGCAAAACAGCCAGAAGCCGGGCCACCAAGCGGACUCUGGCAUGUGUGCAACAGCGUCCCACGAGGGUACUGGCCAAGGUGCUGGUACUGGUGUCGCCCACCCGACUGGCAAUGAAAUUACAGUGCGUUUCAAUGGAAACAGGCUGCCACCGUCAGUCAACCGCACCAUUUCGUCAGAUCGCCUCGUAACCGGAUCAUCCUGCCUCGCCCUUCGCACUGCUGUGUCAGCACUGUAUUCCGUGGAUGACUUUGUAAAGGAAAAAAUCGGAUCCGGAUUUUUCUCCGAGGUUUAUAAGGUCACGCAUCGUACAACUGGCCAGGUGAUGGUUUUAAAGAUGAAUCAAUUGCGGGCCAAUCGUCCAAAUAUGUUGCGCGAAGUUCAACUUUUAAAUAAGCUGUCACAUGCAAAUAUAUUGAGUUUUAUGGGUGUUUGCGUGCAGGAAGGGCAAUUGCACGCUCUGACUGAGUAUAUGAACGGGGGCUCGUUGGAGCAGCUGCUGGCCAAAGAUGAGGUGGUACUGAGUGCCACACAGAAAAUAAGACUGGCGCUAGGUAUAGCGCGCGGCAUGGCAUACGUGCACGACGCAGGAAUUUUUCACAGAGAUCUAACAAGCAAAAAUGUGCUUAUCCGCAAUUUACCAAAUGAUCAAUACGAAGCGGUCGUUGGCGAUUUUGGCCUAGCUGCAAAGAUACCAGAUAAAUCUGGGAAAACGCGUCUCGAGACUGUCGGGUCGCCAUAUUGGGUUAGCCCGGAAUGCCUAAAAAGCCAAUGGUACGAUCAGACAAGUGAUGUGUUUUCAUUCGGCAUCAUCCAAUGCGAGAUAAUAGCCCGCAUCGAGGCCGAUCCCGAUAUGAUGCCGCGCACGGACUCGUUUGGACUAGACUACUUGGCUUUUGUGGAGCUCUGUCCGAUGGAUACACCUCCAGUAUUUUUAAGACUGGCUUUCUACUGUUGCCAGUAUGCUCCGAAAAGUCGACCAACUUUCCAUGAUGCCACAAAAAAAUUGACACUGCUAUUGGAAAAAUACGAACAUGAGUCAACGUACACAAGCCCCCUAAGCUCUUUGGAACUGAUGAGCUGCUCGCCAAACAGCAGUGAUACUGAAUACACAAAUUCCAAUAUACCGACUGUAGGAAACAUCUGCACGGCGCCAGCGGGCGUGUGUUCAUCGCAAGGCUUCCAAUUUCCAAUACAUAAUGGUAUUUGCAAGCCAGCGUCGACAGACUUACCAAACUCGCCUAGCGGCUCAGCCGGAAGCAGCGAAUUCGAUGAGUGCAUGUUAAAGUCUCGCGUACGGCGAGCCACACAAAAACUGGAAGCGGAGAUAUUAUUGCACCGUCGGUCGCUUAGCGAAAACAUAAUACACUUUCCACUGCACACGUCUCCAAGUGACAAGGCGCGCUGCCAUCAGAUGCAGCGCCAACGCUCAUCAACGCAUUCGCCUACACCUCCCCGUCAGCUAGCUGGUGUCAAUCAAAAAAUAGACUUGGUAAAGCCCAUUACAAAUGCACCCGAGCCACCGUCAUCACUGUGGGCCGUAUUAACGCUGAGGAAGGUAGGCGAAACGAUGUGCUUGAAGGACCCGCAUUAUAAACCCAUGUCCAGCAAGGAUCAUGGCUCCAAGCCUAACCCCUUCACAGCGCUGGCACAGCUACGGGGGGUGAAAAAAAUAUUAGGUGCCAAUCCGAAGACGUAUGCGGCCGGUGUGGGCGACCUGUUUAGUUCUUGCUUCGAAAUGUCGGCGCCUUUCUUUAAGGAACUUGUUGCAUUGCAGUGCAAAAGUCAGGUGAGGAGUACAGAAAUUGACGGCAAGCCAGCGACAAAGGCAUCAAAAACAACGCAUUUCGAACCAAAGAGCUUGCCGGUAUCCCCGCAACUGAUGCGCAAAUACAGCGCCAUUGAACUGAAGCUGCCACAGCGCGUCGCUGAUGCUGCAACUGCAAUGUGUCCAACAACAGAAAAGGGCUUUGAGGAGGAUGACUGCGAUGACUGCAAUUCGGAGGGAGAAGAUCCGGACUGCGGUGGAAAUUGUGCCGAUGCAGAGGCUAGCAGUGAUGAUAGUGCCGGGCCUCACGCGACUCAUCCCACUGCGCGUAAAUAUCGCGCGAACUCGCUAUACACGCACCCGCUUUUUCGAGGAAACGGCGUCGUCAGUAUGAAGAGCAGUAACAACGAAUCCGAUGUGGAGCCGCAGCUCAAAGCAAGCUCAUCGACAGUCACUCUGAUAAGUGCCCCUCUCGGCACCGAUAGUAACUCCUGCGAGGACAUGGCCGAUUUAAAAGAGCUGCAUAGCAGCAGUGCAUCGACGGCUUCCUAUGCAGCUCCCCAAUGUACAACCUUAUCUGCCCUUUCUACGACUCCUGCUGCCUCUAUUUCGUCAUGCACCGAUUUUGAAGAGCUCGAAGCAAAAAAAUAUUGUGAAUUGCCCCUAAGCAAGAGUCUAACGCGUCGGGAUUCAAUAGAAAGUGGAUUUUUUUCGUGCUUCAAUGAGGAGUCGGACGUCGCCAACGCCGCCACAAGUCAUAGUCUGCAACUGAAUGGCAUCAAUGCGCUAGGGCCUGGCUGCGAGGUCAACAAUGGUAGUUGUUGCUAUAGCCAGGUGACGUCUCAACGUAUACUCGAGCCAGACUGGGGCGCAAGCAAUAAACUCAAUGACAAACUAGCGAGUCUGUGCCGUUGCUGCUACUAUGCGACCUCUACUGCAACAGGUUCAGCCAAAGCCCCAGUUACUGCGGCACCUACUCACCGCACCUCCUCCUCCAAUUGUACGUCCAUGUUACUUGGUGGCAACGAUGGCUCUGUGGUCAGCGGCCCCACACUGUCGGCUGUAGACCCUGAGGCCAUGGAUGACUUAGGGGCCGACUUGACUGCAUCCCUUCCGUACCAGCGUCGCUACAAUUGUCAUCAUUCACUGCUUUGCGGUAAUGUGAGCGAUCCACAAUUGUCCGCGACGGCAGGACUAAUAAAUCAUCUAGCUCUUGAUACUGAAAUACAAACACUCCUCCAACGCGGUCCUUUCACCACUAACCAACUCCUAUAUUGUAAGAAUCGCACCUCAUCCAUUUAUACGGACAGCUCAGAUGACAUAAGCAGCCUUGCUGGUUCCGAUUCGCUUUUAUGGGAUGAUCGCUCUUUUACAGCGCUUCCAAUCACACGGUCAGCUCAGAUAGCAAAAAUCGUAGAAUAUUUCGAACGUAAGCGACAGGACUCCUCACCACCUUCCCUGCAUCAUCGCAACGGUAAUGGAACAGUCGCUGCUGCAGUGGCUGCAUCGGCGCUCGGCUCAAAAUAUUUUUCUUAUGAAGCUCGCCGUUACUCAGACUUUAAGCGGCAUCUAAAUGCGGACACGCUGUGCUUCGACAUGGAGAAGAAACCGGCGCAACAGCGUAUGAUGGUGUGUGAGGGGGCGGUCAAAUCAAAGCUGCCUAUUUUCGAUAAAAAGAAGCAGCAGCAACAGCAUUAUCAACCGACUGGUAGUGAGCACGGAGGUUAGCCAUAAGACUGGCAUAACAAUGUUUUACAACCACUUUUUAAACAACCCUUUGUCACACAUCAAACAAUUUUUAUUCGACCCUGUUUAACAAGAAUACAAAAAAUAGUUCGCCUAACAAAA